AUGAUUUUAUAUUUAUUAUUUUAACUUAUUAGUGCCUAUGUGAAGAUCGAUUUACUAAAGUCUACACCACCUCAUUACAAUAGACAUCUAAGAAAUGAUUUAUAGAUCAAUAAUUUCAAAAACAUGCAAUAUACAGGAUUCAUAAAAAUUGGAGAAUAAAAUCUUGAAUUGCUAUUUGAUACAGGCUCUUCCAUUUUUUGGGUAAAAUCAAAUGACUAUUAAGGUCUUUUCAAAUACGUGUUUCACUCAAUCAAAAAAAACUUCAUUUGAUUGUCAAUCAAGUUCUAAUUGUUUAAUGACAAAGGAAUAAUUUAAAGUUUAAUAUGGAUAAGGAGAAAUAAAAGGCAAUAAAGCUUAUGAUUAAUUGCAAAUUUCUAAUUUUACAGUUUCAAAUUUCUAAUUCUUGAUUGUUAAUUCAUAAUCUAGUUUAGAUAAUUUGAGGGCUGGUGGAAUUUGUGGCUUAGGUUUACAAGAAUAAUUUGGAUUUAAUUCUUUAAUUAACAUUCUUUAUGAUUAACAUUUAAUUGAAAAGAGAAUCUUUACAUUCUUUUUAAGUUCAAUACCUGAACAUAUUAAUAAUUCAAGUGCUUUAUUUAUUGGAGGAUAUGAUACUCGUUACAUGAGUUCAGACAUCUAAUAUGUUAAAUUAGAUAAAAGUGAUUAAUGGUCAGUAAAAUUAAAGAAUAUAUCAAUGAAUAACAAAGUCCUAAUUAAUGAUGUAUCAGCAUUAAUUGAUACUGGAACCUCAUUGAUUGUUAUACCAACUCGUUAAUUUAGUUCAUUAUUAACUAGUUUAAGAGAUCAAUAUAAAUAAUUUUGUCAAUAUUCUUAAUAUCAAAUAAAAUGUUCUUGUCCUGAUGGGAAUUUCUAAAAUUUUCCUGAAUUAGAAUUUAUUUUUGAAGGUGAUUUAAAAUUAGUGUUGAAUCCAAUUGAUUACAUAAAUAUAGAUGUUUCCGUAUGUGUUCUUUCGAUUACGAAGAGUUCAAAUAAUUAUUGGAUUUUGGGUGAUACAUUUAUAAGAAAACAUAUAACAGUGUUUGAUAUUGACAAUAAGUAAAUUGGAUUUGCAAAAUUGGCUACAUUUGAGAAGUAAAGUAAAUAAAUAUAGAUAAAUGAUUAUUUAUAUUUAUUUAAAGUAGUUUGUGUAUGUAUAUGUGUGGCAAUAGCAUCAAUUUGGAUAAUAAGAUAGGUGAGUUGUUUAGGUGAAGCAAGUCAUGAAAUGAAUAAAUGA